GAGGAGGAAACAAAAUUACUUAUAAAAUUAAAAAAAACACAGAAUAGUUACUUCAUAAAUAAUAAAGUUUAGUGUAUUAAAUUCAAAACUAUUUCAUUCUCAAUAAAAUUUAUACAAACUCUUAUUAUAUUAAAGAUAUUUACCGUAUUAAUGUAUCUUCUAACAUAAAUUUAUGGAUCGACGCUUAAAAAGGAAAUAAUGUAAAAUGACCAAAGAAAGAGAACAUUAUUUUAAUAUAUAAGAAUUAUUUUAUCAAUAUUUUUCUUCGGAUAAACACAAUAGUAAUUUAUAUGUAUAGUAUUUGGAGAUAAUGUUUAAAAAAACUAAGGACAGGAAUCUUGAAAUAUUUGUAUGGUAAUUAAAAAUUAAAUCAAACAAUAAUACAUAUUUUUGAAAGGUUAUAACAUAACUGUGUUUAUUUUAAAGCAAUCGUAAAGUACGUCUCAAUGCCACCUCGUUAAAAACUAUACCAGAUCAAAAUAAAUUCUCUGGCAUGAAAAGAAAAAAGUCUGUGACAUCGGAGAUUCAAAAGUUAAAGAAAGAAAAAUGGUUCACAAGCCUACUUUCAAUAUCCGUAAAUAUCAGCAAAUAGCUGUUUAUACUGAUCGAGUUACAAGUUCUAAUUGUUCACAAAAUAAAACAUCUCCUAUGGGAUACUUUAUUGAUACGACCCGAGACAAACAUAUGGUGUAUUACUAUACUCCCGAACCGUAUAUACCAAGUUGUUCAAAUUACAUAGACCUUACUCUAAAUGAUGAAGACGAGACUCAUGAUGGAUCUUAUAUGAAUACUGCAAUGUCGCAGGAAAAUUGCCAAAUGAACAUGACUCCUAGUUCAAGUCAUCACAAUAGCCAUUAUGAAGAACAGCAAGUUUAUGAUGGUAACACGAAUCAUUUUCUGCAGCUGAUUAAAAGAAAGAUAAAUAUAUGGAGUCGGACUGUUAUAACACAAGUUACACGAGAACAAAUCUUAGUGCUAACCCUGAUAUAUAGAUUUCUAUGAAAAUGACAUAGAAAUUUUGCAAACAAUACUUUUGUAAUAGUUAUUUAAAUAGAUAUUUUUAUUUAAUAUUUUUUU